AUUAUUAACUAAUUAAUUAACUAACUACGAUAAUGGCGCCCCUUCCCCUACUUCUCCUCCUUCUCCUCUUCGUCACCGCCUCCGCCGUGAUGGUAUCAGCGGCAGAGAAACCACCACCUACGACCACAGCCGAAGCCCCCGCCGCAACAACUCCAACCGAUGUAGAGGAGGUUCCAGCUGGAGACGACAACGCCAUCGGAAAUACUGACGACGAUGCAGCUGCUACUCCCGGAGAUGAUGACGUGGCAGUCGCGGGUCCUAUCGGAAGCGAUUCUUCGUACGAAAAAUAUCCGCCGGCUCAGCAAACGCAAACUUCCGGAAGCUGUGUGACAUGCACGAUUGGAUUUGCUGUUAUCUCUGCUGCCACGGUUGGAUCGCUCUUCUUGAUUUUCUGA